UCUGAACCAAAAGCGGUAACCCCGAGCUAUACUCGGGCUUACCAUGCGGCGCUGCAUAGGGAGUUCCUCCAGCACUUACCUUGUCCUUCGCUCCCGCGAUGUGUCCCCUGCAGCGUCCCCGGCCAUCUCCUCCGGCUGAUGCCGGCAUCCGGCUUCUGUGUUCAGGUCCCUGUGAUGUCGGAAUGUACGGGCGCCACUAGCGGCGGGAAAUUUGAAAAUUUUUAAAAAAAUGUCAUUUUUUUCAAAAUUAAUUUUACAUAUGCUCUGUCCUGUCCCGUCUGCAUUUUGACUGUUCUUUCUG